AACAGCAACAACAACAUCAACAGCAACAUCAACCCCAACAUCAACAGCAGAACCAGCUACAGCAUCAACUCCAACAGCAACACCAGCAGACCCAACAGCAGCAUCAACCCCAACACCAACUACAGACCCAAUUGCAGCAUCAACUCCAACACCAGCAGACCCAACUGCUGCAUCAACACCAACAUCAGCAACAAAGUAAUGAAGCUUUGCCUCAACAUCAGUUCUUCCAGUACUCAUAUAGCCAAAGUCAGAAGCAAGAGCUGCCUCCAAAAACAGUAUUAAAUGUGUUCCAUCAAGCUCAUCAGCCAUCACUCCUUCCCCUUUACAGUCAUCAAGCACAAAGCAUGUGCCAACAACACAUAUUCCAGCAGUUCUUCCCUCACCAGCAGCCACCACAGUCUCUAGGUCUGCAACGGGUUCAGAUGAGCCAUGGGUCAGAUCCAUCAACGCAUCAUGUGGUUUCAACUGCAGCUCAGUUCCAGCAACCUUCUGAGGCUCAGGUCAGCAAAGGCCUUCUUCAGAGGUCCACUGUGGUCAGCCACAAACAAGAACACCCAUCGCAUCAGCUGGUGACUGAGUUUCAAGCGCCCUCAGCAAAACAGGCACAAUACUCUUUCAAGGAAAGGAAGACGAAGCCCUCUCUGUUUGAGCUGCAGAGAAUUGGGAAUCCACCGGGCCCUGGGGAUAAUGUCAGGCAGCACUGGCCGCAAGCCUAUGGGCCAGAACUCCAGAAGCUCCUGAACGUGCCAUCGAACCAUUGCACACAGAACCAGCUCAAACUAUUUGAGGUGGAUUCACUUCAGUCAAAAAAUGCACAGGCAACUGAGAUGGACAACUGGAGUCAGAAAGAGCAGGAGAAGGCCCAGCUGUCUCAAGACAGUAGAAAGUCUGCUCAGGUCCCUGCCCAAGAAACUGCUUCAGAGGUUGAAGAGCCAGCCUCUAGGGUUAUGCAAAGCACAACAAGAAAAGGGAGAACUUCAAAUGAAACUAAUGAACCAGAGCCACAAGAAGUAUCGAUGGAGCCCCUGUCCAGCUGGAACUCCUCAGCUGAGACUCAGGAAGAUGACUCCCAAGAAGAAAGGAAGAGAAGGACUGUUGGACCCUCGCAGGUCACAGCGGAACCCGCAGUCCCUAGGGCUCGGCUUGAUGACAGCUGCCUAAUGCCGCUUGUAAUACCAGUAUCAGUGCCAGUUCGAAAGGUGGACUCUGUUAAAACAAACACUGACAGGACAGAGGAUGGGGAAUCCCAGAUGAACUCCAAUGAAAAGGAUCUAUCUGAGCUGAAUCUAUCCUUAUUAACAACCCGCCGGCGUAGAUUGAGUAGAGGCUCAGGAGCAGAGCACUCAGUGCAGGAGGAUGCUAGCUCCAGAGGUCACGUGAACCUGACAGCCAAACUGAAACGGCGGCCCAGACCAGAGCCCCUCUUCAUUCCACCCAAGCCUCUCAACCAUGUCUCUGUCAUCACUUACCCACCUGGCACCCUUUACCAGAGCAACCUGCGCUCGCCAGUCAGGCUGCUGGACCAUCCCAUGGACAAGAACUUCCAGCCUCCGCCCUACACUCCCCCACCUAUCCUCAGCCCCAUGCGGGAGGGCUCAGGACUCUACUUCAAUGCCUUCCUGUCUUCUUCAAGCAAUUCAUCCCAACCAGUCACCCCAAGGUCUACACCUAAAACCUGUUUAAGCCAAUCAAAUAGUGUAGAGACCCCUCCUCCAGUUCUCUCCCUCAUGAGUGAAGCCACACCGGCAAGCAUUGAACCGCGGAUCAACAUCGGCCCACAGUUCCAGGCUGAAAUACCUGGGCUGCGUGACAGGCCUCUGGCUGCGUUAGAUGCCAACCACGCUGAUCUGGUGUUCAAGCCAUGGGAGGGUCAUAAAACCAAUCGGCUUAACCAGCAGAGAGUGGAUGACCUGAUGACGCUGGCCUGUUCCAGUAUUUUACCAGGAGGAGGUACAAACCAGGAGCUCGCCUUACACUGUCUGCAUGAGUCCAAGGGCAGCAUGCUGGCAGCUCUAAACAUGCUUCUUAUUAAAAGAACUCCACGGGGCAGGAGUAGGGCGCUACUGAAUUACCACUACGCAGGAUCAGAUAAAUGGACAUCUACAGAGAGGAAGAUGUUCAACAAAGGGCUGGCAGCACACAAGAAGGAUUUCUUUCUUGUUCAGAAAUUGGUGAAGACAAAGACAGUGGCCCAGUGUGUUGAGUUUUACUACACAUACAAGAAACAGGUCAAAAUCGGCAGGAAUGGAGUGCUAAUAUUUGGCGAUGCUUCUGACAACAAUGGCAAGAGUGAGGAUGAGCCGGUCGAAAUUGACAGAAAGGAUUCUCUCCCUCGUAGAGCCCGAGUACCUUUCAUAACAGAAGUUAAGAAGGAGGAGGUUGAGGAGGAGGAUGAGGAAGAGGAGGAGGAGCAGGAGGAGGAGGAGGAGGAGUACAGCCCAGAUCACAAGAAACAGAUCCUGACCCAGGCUAAGGUUGUGAAGAAUGAACAGGACGCAGCAGUUCAUUCCCAAGGUGUUCACCCGCGUAAGAAUCAUGACCCCACAUACCGAUGCAGCUACAAACCACGACAACCUGCAGUGGGCACGGCAGCGCCCCGCAUGCCAUCCAGGAGCGAGCAGACACAGUCGGGCACCUCGGCCAAACAUGCCAAGCAGAGUCAAGAAAACAUCUUCCCUUGCAAGAAGUGUGGAAAGGUUUUCUCCAAAGUGAAGAGUCGGAGUGCGCACAUGAAGAGUCACAGUGUCCAAGAAAAGAAGCAACGGGAGGCGGAACUAAAGAGCCGUAUUACAGCAGAGGAAGAGCAAGCUGAAGAGCAUGAGAAGUACAAUGACUAUUCCUAUUGCUACCAGGACGUGUAGAGUAGGUGAAGAGAUCAGGCUCCCCUUCACAAUCUGCCGUCUUGACUGGACUCAGCUAUGAGUGUCAACAUGGACGGUGCUGGACAAAACUCCUCUGGGAAGUGCUGACAGCGUUUCUGUAUCAUCAUCUCUUCCCCACCCUCAGCCCCUCAAACGGAUAAUUGAGGGGUGUAGAGGGUUUUUGGGUGGUUUUUCAUCCCAGGCUGAUUGCACAAUGGAUGGUGGACUAAAGCAGCAGCGAUACUAGCAAACGGAGGUUACAUGUUGGAAAAUAGCAUGCACUUUUUUUUCUCUAUUUUGGUCACUCACCUUUCCCCUUUUUUUUUAUUUACAGUUGCACAACAAGAUUUCCUGCACAGAUGCAAAGAUUGCUCGGGAACAAAGUGUUGCACAUUCAUUGUGUUGAUAGGCAAAUCUUAUUGUUGUUCAGCAGAAACAGGCUUUAAACAUAUAUUCAACUUAAAGGAUUGUAUCUUUACAUCACACUAGAUAGAAUUCCAUUGCAUGACUUUGGGCUGCAGUAUUAAAAUUGGACAUGAUAAACUGUUUGUCAGUUUAAUACAACCUCAUUUACACAGUUGGGCUGUUUGAGUUUGGUAUGUCAUGUGAAAUCAUGUUCUGACACAUUGACCUGGGUUCUGGUGUCUUGAGAGCUGCCUUGCUCAUCACUAAGCUGUCUCCAAUUAUCUAUCCCGUUGUUUAUAUGCGCUCGUCAGUGUUUAUGAAACACACUGGAACUCUUCCGAUUGUGGAUGUAUUUUGAUUGCAACACUUUUGACUCAUAGAAUAUGGUUAUAUUAUAGUAUAUGGACUCAAAUCAUUCAGCUCCAAUAGUGCCCAGGCACAGGACAGUCCAAAUCAACACUGCUGUCCUCUCUAACUGUGAAGUGUCACCCUAGGAAUGCAGAAUGUGGCAGUGUGCGAGACAUCAGUUUGCCAUAUGUGAUAAAAUGCUGAGGCCCUGAAUCUUGUUACAUCCUUUCCUCUCCAAACACUUUGUAAAGUUUGCAGAGGAAGUGUCCUGGACUUGUAACUUCAUCCAGGAAAUUACUCAUAGCUAUUUGCUCAGGGCUUGCCUGCCUGCCAUUCUGACGACUUGCCAUGAGACAGCUCCACAGAUGUCAUCAACCAUGUGGCUGCCUUGUCCUGGCCUGCACCAUGCCAUUGUCAGAGAAUCUUACAGCACAGAUGGUGGGCAUUCUGUCUAUUGUGUCUGUGCCCAUUGCAGUUACUGCAAGUUGGAAAUCUUCAGGCUGGCCCUAUCCCUGUCAAAAGCCACAGAAGAUACUGAAUUUACCAUGCCACCACCUCUUUUAAAUCACAUUUCCUGAAUUUAUUUGAAGUGAAUUACAAAAAAUUACAGCAGCGGCUGUGCUCCGGUACCAUUGUCAAUUCUGGUUGGGCGUGUUCCUGGCGAAUUCAUCGCAUGUCAAAUAUCCCCUCCACCCAUAUUUUUAUAACUGUAAAUAAAAGUGCUCAAAAAAUGGGGAAAUAAUCCACUUUUUUUAGUGCCCCUAGGAGUUUUCUCCCAGAGUUAUAGCAGCAGCACCUACGAGAUUAAUUUCUGGAGAGUUCAGGACAAUCCUGAAGGGCCUUGGUCCAUGCGUUGUAUGAGAGACUGACACUAGCACGAGUGUACAAUUUUUGUUAUUUAAUAUUAAAAAAAAUUAUAUAGGAUCACUUUUGAGAUUCCUGGGUGUUCAGCCCCGAAACUGGGAAACUGUGAUCCUCUUAACCUUACAAUUUCUUCAACUUAAAGCUGCUUUUGCUUAUUCUGCCACUGUAUAUACAGCACAAGGAGUGAGUAACUAUCUAAUCCAGAGCUACAGCUAACGUUGUUGGCACUGAAUUUACCAGCCUGUUUUACCAUGGGCCUUGUAAAUAUAUUAAAAGAUUACAUUAUUUAUUCUUACUAUGCUUAUUUGAUUUCUGUAUAAACUUCAUAAGAUUUAUAAUGUGAUUGAUUUUAGUAAGGCUGGCCUGUACAAUGUUUCCUGUGAAUGGUUUUGUACAUUUUUUUGUUUCUUUUCAACAACCCCUCUACCCCUGCCCUUUUAACGCUAGUUUAAACCAGGCAGCAGUGGGUCGGGACCGCUCACCACCCACUGAACACAUCAGUCUUUCCACAAUGUAAUAUUUGUAUUUUGUUUUAUAUCAAUGAUUCAAAGCUUUGUUUUACAAAAGAAAGAAAUUGUAAAUAUACCAUUAUUAAAUGUAA